UUGUAGUGAGUAGACGGGUUACUCUUCUAUAUUAAUGUACUUUUAAAAAAAUAUAUAUAAUGCCCUUUAAAAAAAAUAUUAUUCGAAUGGAAAUUGGCCCUUCCUUGCUUGCCUCAGAUUUAAGUAAUCUAGCAUCUGAGGCUGAACGAGCUGUUCAGGCUGGUGCUGAUUAUUUGCAUAUAGAUGUUAUGGAUGGACAUUUUGUUCCAAAUAUAACUUUGGGGCCUCCUGUUAUAAAAAGCCUUCGAGCUCACUCUGACGCCUUUUUCGAUUGUCACAUGAUGGUUGCUAAUCCAGAACAAUGGGCGAAUGAAAUAGCAAUUUCUGGAGGAAAUCGAUAUACUUUCCACCUAGAGGCCACUAAAGAACCAAUAAAGUUAGCUAAACAAAUUAAAAAUUUAAAGAUGGAAGUGGGAGUAGCCCUCAAGCCGGCCACGGAAAUUACUGCUCUGGAUGGUUUAAUUGAGCACGUCGAUUUGGUUUUAAUAAUGACAGUGGAACCCGGUUUUGGUGGACAGAAAUUUAUGCAUCAGAUGCUCAGCAAGGUGGAAUAUUUACGAAGGCGUUACAAAACCUUAAACAUUCAAGUAGAUGGAGGGCUUAAUUCAGAAACUCUUGAAAAAGCUGCUAAAGCGGGCGCAAAUUCAAUUGUAGCGGGAAGUUCCGUUUUUAGCUAUAAAGAUUUGAAGAAAAAUUGUUUUACAAGAGAAAAAAAUUGAAAAAAAUUGAAAAUUAAAUCA